CCAGCGUUCAUUUACAGUCGAAUGAACCAGUCACCAGUUUCGCUGUUUGCGCCGUUUGCGCGGUUGUACAGUUGUAUUUGGACGUGGGAAAUCAAUUGCAUCAAUUGUAUCUCGUGCCAGUUUAAUUUGAUAGUUGUCAUUGAUGGCGUCGCUCGUAGCCGAAGUUUUGCAGAGUAAAGCACCGUUAGACAAGGCAAGUUUGAAAGCUCUAGUUGCAAAGCUUGCAUAUCAAAUAGACAAACUCAAGAGCGAUCUGCAGAAAGAGUUGGUUUCGAAGUAUGACAUAUUUGAGCAGUACCACGCCCAUUCUAGCUAUCUUACCACGUGUUUAGAGGCUGCCGUAUCUGAAGUCGAUGAUGUGCAGAAAAAAGUUCGGGAUCAUGUGAAACCGAGGUUGCGCCAAGCAACGACAGAGUUUAAGCAGCUGUCCGAAGAACUAACCGUUGUAGAGGAACAGUCCGUCGAAGUCAUGAAAUAUGUGAAAAUACACGAAUGUUUCGAGAAGGCUGAAGAGGCAUUCAGCGCUCACAGGUUAGAAUACUGUUCGAAACAACUCGAAGAGGCUGGUGAUGUCAUCGGAACGUUAGCCGGAAGGGCAGAUAUACAGUUGGUGGACGCAUUGCAUACUGAGCACGUCAUUAAGUGUGAACGCCUUCAGUACAAUCUAACGGAAGAAUGGAACAAACGCUUUGUAUGGAAGAUCGGAAAGGCUCCGCACAUUGUUGUUCUCACUGUACAGGUGACGAGCGUUGAAGAUACUAAUGCCACGAUACGGGCACUUGAAAGCCAAAACGAUCUUGAGCACAAAGUUUCGCAGUUCGGCCGUUCUCUGCUGACGAAUGUGGUGGAACCCAUGGUGAAGUACAGCUCAAAGGUCACACUGGAACCUGGUUCUUCAACGAUGCAGGUCGACUUUGCAGAGCACGGUGUUCCAGGCAUCACUGCCGUUCUGCAAAAUCUCUCCACUGUUUUUACAUUCCUCAACAACUCCCUCAUGGGGCUGUGUGCGGGCGAAAGAAGUAUGUUGCAGCUCAUUGGAGAGGCUGUCGGACGCGACUUCGCGGACAUUGUUGUCAAGUGCUGCCUCGAACCAGCCGUGCCGAGCGACGGCAGUCAGCUAGGUGCUUUCCCGACUGAAGAACUGUUAGACUUCCACAACCAACUUAUCGGCAUUCAUUUCUUAUCCGCCGGCGCAUCCCAGUUUUCUAGCUUCACCACCGACCUCGAAUCUCUGUGCAUCAAUAAACGCAGCCAGAACAUCCUGAUGAAAGCGCGCGAGUUGAUGAAACAGCCUCUGCACGAGACGUCCGUCGUCGGGGUGGUCGGCGUUGCCGAAAAGCAGAAGCUGAAAUCUAUAGAAGACGGUCUGGACGGAAGUAUAUUUAUGUUUCCAAAGUCCCAAGUCAGCAAGCACAGUGUGGAGGUCGUCGAUUUGAUGAAGUCCCUGGUUUCAGAAGCUAAAGAUGGCCAGGCGGACCGCGUAUGGUACAUGAACACGGUGCGAAACAUUUGUGAACUUUACUGUGGUGUUGUGCCUGUAAUACACAAACACGCUAUCGAAACAAUACCACAGCAGACUGCAAUCCAUCACAACAACUGCAUGUACUUGGCUCAUGAAUUGCUAGAACUUGCAGCCAGCAUGACGGGAGUCACCAUCGUGGACCUGGCUUUAAAACUGCGAAAGCUCGGAGUGACCCCCUUUCUGGACCAGAUGAAGAAGCAGAGGGAACACCUGCUGGACUUCUUGAGAGACGUGUCCUCGUACGAGGACAGCGGUGCCAUCGAGCGUGCUGUUCAGCGUUGUCUCUACCAUCUUCAGCAGCUGAAGAAAGUUUGGAGCGAUGUUCUCCCUGUGCCGGUCUAUCUGAAAGCAAUUGGCACGUUGCUGAAUUCUGUUGUGGAGCACAUCACAACAAGCAUAGUGGACAUGGAAGACAUAUCGUCCACGUUGUCGGAAGAUCUGAUGGCUACCCUCGAUAGAAUGAUUACUCAGGCUACGGAACUCUUUGAUGUUGCCGACAGCCCGCAGGAUGAAAGGGUGGCAGCAUCGAACCAUGUUCAGAAAUGGAAGAAAGUAUGCGAGCUCAAGAGCCUGCUGGGUUACAACCUUAGACAAGUUGUGGACAGGUGGGCCGAUGGCAAAGGACCUUUAGCCGUAUGCUUUACUUCGGAGGAAGUGAAGAAGCUUGUCCGUGCCCUAUUUCAAAAUACGGACCGGAGAGCAGCUGCAUUGGCCAAGAUUCGGUGACUUUAGGUCAUCAGCUAAGUUCUUGCAGAUAGUUACAUUUGGAAACAAAUGGUUACAUCACUCUAAAUGCCUUACUUUUUUACUUUAAUUUCACUUUAUAGCUUGAUGUGACCAAGUAUGUACAGAAGGAAUGCUCUUUGUCACAGAUGAGAGCUCUGAUAACUGUCCAGAAAUAGAAUUAUGCAAUAUAUUUUGUUAGGCCUAUUGAAUGUUUGCCGCAAAAGCAGCCAUGUAAAUAAAAAUACCUUGAUCUUUUCAUAAAUUUGGAGCUGUGAUCAGCUUCAUCAGAGUUAG